AUGCUGUCCUUCAAGUGGACUCUCCUCUUCCUUUUGUCCCUCGCUAGCAACGUUGCAGCGAUCCCUCGCACCACGGCUCAAAACAUCGAGAUCCUGGUUGGCGCAUCGGGCGCAGUUGGCUUCGCCAGCGUCCUCGGCUGGCAGCUUCUCAAAAACUCAAGGGCGCCAGAGCAACAGUUGAAUGCCGUAGCAAAAUCCCAGCAAGAUGGGAUCCUGGUCGCGCAAUCAAGUCUAUCGCCCACGCCAACUGCCACACCAACAGCUUCCGAAGCCACCAGAAUUGUCAAGACAAUCGUAUCGAAAGGCAGCACAGAUGUGCUUGCUCAGUCGAAGCACCCUUCAAUGAUACCCAUGACACGGUUCUUCUUGGUAGAAGCAUGGAGCAAUGGCACAAUCAUCCAGAUUGAGGAGAUUGUCCGCUUGCCAGUGGGCGACCUCGGCGACAGACACCCCAACAGCUCUGUUGCUGCCAAAAAAGACACUUCCCUUCCUCAUGACAACCGCCAAGCUGGAAAUGUCUCUCUGGGCAUAUACAUCUCUCAAGAUCGACCUUGCCUUUUCAAUGUGUCCUGCUCUCGGUGGAACCUUGCUUCGAUCUUUGUGAAUGCACAUGCCGACCGCAAAACGAAGCCUAUCAUUGAGUUUGCCAGGAGGAACUUCUUUGUUGUCCGCGACUUGUUGAACAAGGCGCUCGCUCUUUUCCUGAGAUUUGUACCAACUCAUCCAGCAAAGGCUGCAUUCAUUCUGGUCGGCAUUCCACUCGUGACCAAACUUGGUCCUGCCGCGGCAAGGAAAGCCCUCGUGCUGUUGUCCCGCUACGCUCCUCUCGCCCUCCUUUAUCUGCAGGACAAUCUACACAGAUGGAUUGAGCGGCAUGUGGGGAGAGAAGAGGAGCCAGACCUCACCAUUGAAGCUUGCCUCGAGCCAUUGCCUGUUGAUGAGGUAGUGCAUUGCCCCAUCUCGCCAGCGGAUAUUUCGAUAGAGCCAACUCUUGCCACUCAAUCCUCGUCGAGUCUAGCAGAGACUCCCGAGGACGAUGGAGUUGAGCCUCUCGCCGUUAUCAUCGAGCCAGAGCAGCAUAUGGCAGACGAUGCAGAAGAGAGUCGCCCAUACUUUGCGGAUCUCGCAGAAAACCUGCUACGACCAGAAUCACCGGAACCCACUCUGACAGUGCUCGAUCGCGAGAAUUAUACAGAUGCGGGAAUCUUCAAAUCGCGGCAUAAAGAUCCGUUUCUCCGCGGUCGAAAGAGGAUUUCAAACUACUCGCCGCCACGCCGGCUCCGCGAUGACCUGGCGACCAUAUUGGACAGGCCCGUGGCCGUGUCAUCGGCCCAGGAACGGGAAGAGCCUCUUCCCGAGAGAGGUCCCGAAGCGCAGAUCGAGGCUUCAGUCCUGCAGUUGGCACACGUUCCAAGCGGAAGUCCCAGCCAGCCUCGACAAGCUCAUCUUGUCAUACAGGCCCCGGAAUACCCUGUUGCCGAAUCCGAAAAAGUACCUUCCCCACCAUCGAGUUUGAGCAUUUUGACUUCUUCAGAAGACAUUCCGGAGCUCGAAAAGUUGCACGAGCACGAGCCUGUUGAUAGCCAGCGCCCGGCAACCGCUUCGAAUGAAGAUGACCUCGAGGUGCCAGAAUUGCCGCCAGCUGAGGUUCAUGAUGGCGACCUGUCGGUUGAGAUCAAGUAUCCUCUUCAGUCCGACUCCAAUACCAUUCCCCUAACACGGCAUGAGCAAGAGCUGCCCGACGUGUAUGAUUCCGAACCCACUUUCCCAGAAGGGGAGAGCAUCAUGACGGUUUCUGAGUCGGUUGCAUCUCCUGCCUGUGAACUCGCCUCAUUGACUCUCACAGAGGAGGACAAAAAGGACGAGGGUAACCAGCCGCAGGAUCUGGGGAGGGAGCCAGAAGAAUAUCCACCGCAGCCGACCGUAGAGGAUGAUGUGGAUGAGAACAAAACUACAAUUACCUCCGGUCAAAUAACAGGCAUCCUCGAAGCGAAUACGCAGGAAGAAGAGCCUAUGAGGCUUGCUGCAGAGGAAAGCCUCCAGGAACCGACUGGGUUUCUUGCCGGCUGGACUGACGAAGCAUCCAGAGCCGCCGGCGACGACAUUGGCAUCGACAUCGCUGAUUUUGGCGGCGUGUUCGAUACGGACACCCCGAUCUCAACUCCGUCAAAGCAGCCAGUUGUUGACAAGUCCAAGAGCACAGGUGAGCGUCGUCCCGGUAGACUUCGGAGCCAGACUCCGACUCGAGCUGCAGAACCAAGAACGAGUCGGGCUGGACGCAGCCCUGGAGUCAAUUUCGCAACCGAAGCUGACGGAUCGGUGGUCGAACAUACGUGCUAUUUCCGCACAGAGGAGGCGCCUGAGGCAUUGCAAGAUUCGAUGAUCGUAGAUGCGCGAGGGCAAGCAGCGACUGGCGUUCAAGUCUCGAACGAACAACCGAUUCCGAUGGCCCAUGCAUCCGUUGGUGAGCAACAACUGUCCGACUUUGCCGCAGAAGAUUUCUCUGCUGGAUAUCAAGUCCAAGAGCAAGAGCAGUUCCCCGGUACACCUGCAAUUGAUCCGGCCUUCUUGAUGGCCUUGCAGUCGUUCAGCGCCAUGUCUCUUGAGGACCAAGCGCAAUCUCUCGCAGAAAGUACUGCGGCUUUAUUUCCUGCUGCCGGUGACCAAGUGGGCUUAGAUCUCACCGAGAUGACCGAAGCAGCAGCAGAGUCCCAGCCUGUGCAACUUGGUUCGCAUGAUCAGGACACAGACGACUUCUUGUCGGCUAGAAUACGUGAAUUGUCUUUGUUGCAGCAAGAGCAGAUGGGCAUGGAAUAUGAACACGACGGCCCGGCGCAUCAAGUUCCCUUUGCACAAGAAAUAUUCCAGAGCUACCCUUCGCCAGCGCAGUCAACCAUGGCACAAGAGCAGGUUCCUGUUGUAUUGCCCGGAUAUGAGCCCGCACGUCCGGCCGGCAUGUACAGUGAGCAGGACGGCUCAGCAGCACCGGAGCAAUCUGGUCCGUGGGAAUCUCAAAUGCAUCCUACAGAGAUGCAGCAAGAGUUUAUGGCACCGGAAGAUGUAGCCGCCCUCCUAGAGUUCAACAGAGGAGAAACAUCUGGAACCGCGCAGGCAGCAAGCAGUGAACCUGCUGUUCAGUCAACAUCCCAACCCCUGCCUUACGAAGAAUAUCCCUCCCAGCCUCUCGUUCCUGGUCUCGGUAUGCAUCAAGAGGCGGACCUCGAAGCGGAACGUGCCGCAAAAGUGGUGCCUGUCAAGCACGAACGAGACAACGACCUGCUUCCCGGAGGCGAGUACGCAAACGUACCUAUAGCCAACCGGGCCACGAGAUACAGUGGUUAUGACCGAAAGAUCUUGCCAAUGAGCUCUGUGUAUUUCCGAUGCGAGCCUUCGCAGCGGGAUACUCUUCUUGGAGCCUCGUCACAGCAGGCGGUGAACCCCUUUGCAGACCUGGUAUACUCGGCGGCUCCAGUAAAUCCUGGGGUCCCGAUACUCCAGGAUAGCAAUGUCCUCCAGAGCGGCACGGAAUCUCAGGAUAGGGCAGAUGAGAUGCAUCAGGAUUUGCUAGAGGAAAUCGGCAUGACAAGCCAAAGAACUCCAGCUGAUGAGCACAUCCUCGGCCAAGAAGAAAUGGCAAGCCAUUACCCUCCUCUUGAUGAGGACGUCACUCAAGGUCAUGAGGGCGGGCGGUCUGUGGAUGAAGAGGAGGUAGAGAGACCUUGGUGGGAGUGGGAUGAGGAUAGCGACAACGGCUAUGGUGGAGGACCUGGGGACAGUGACAGUGAAGGAAAUGGGGACGGGGAAGAUGGCGAUAACGGCUAUGGUGGAGGACACAGGCGAGGGGACAGUGGAGGAUCAGAAGAGGAGGAAGAGCCGACGGACGCUGAUGAACGCAUUGACGACGAAGAGGAAGCCGAGGACGACUCGAGCGAAGACGAGUAUGAAUAUUUCCUGUCCAGGUCGAUGCCGGGAGAAGAAGACAGCCUCCCUUGCAGGAGAAGAAUGUUCAACGAGCUGGACCGACUUCAGCGAAGGGCUCUCGAGCCUUCCAGGAUCGAGACGCCAAAGCGAAUCUUCGUCAACCGUCGGCGAACAUUUGUUCAUGCCUCUGUGGCUAAAAACGUGUGGUGGUGUACCACAGACGAAGGCAGGGAUUGGCUCUGGGACAAUUGGCUCUCGAUCAGAGAAGACCAUGGCUGGGACAUGAUUGACCUGUGCCAGGACACCGUCGACGACUAUGAGGAAUGGGCGGCAGGGAGGGCAGAGGAUGCUUGA